AUGGCCUCCAACCCCCCCCGCUGCCUGCUGCGCCUCUGGCUUCAAGCACGAGGGUACCCCUCUCGGCGAGGUCAAGAACUCAACACCUACAUCACCUACCCCAAGGACAAGAGUGCCGAUAAAGCUGUCCUCUUCCUUACCGAUAUCUUUGGAAUCUUCCCCAACGCUCAGCUCCUCGCCGACGAGUUCGCCAACAAUGGCUUCCUGACCGUUAUCCCCGAUCUGUUCGAGGGUGACCAGAUCUCUGUUAAGGACAUGGAAUCUGGCAAGGCUGACCUCCCCGCUUGGCUCCCCAAGCACCAGCCUGGCAACAUCGACCCCAUCAUCGAGAAGACCAUCAAGUAUAUGCGUGAGACUCUUAACGUGAAGAAGAUCGCCGCCGUCGGCUACUGCUUCGGUGGCAAGUACGUCACUCGUUACCUCAAGCCCGGCCAGAUCGAUGUUGGCUACAGCGCGCACCCUUCUUUCGUCACCCACGAGGAACUGGGCGCGAUCAAGGGUCCAUUUUCUAUCGCCGCUGCCGAGACCGACAGCAUCUUCACCACUCAGCUCCGCCACGAGUCCGAAGAGACUCUGAUCAAGGCUGGUCAGCCUUGGCAGAUCAACCUGUUCAGCGGCGUGGCUCACGGCUUCGCCGUCCGCGGUGACUUGAACGACAAGACCCAGAAGUGGGCCAAGGAGCAGGCUUUCUGCCAGGCUGUUGUUUGGUUCAACCAGUACCUGUAA